AUGUAUAGACCAACCAAUGAUUCAUCUGAAAUUCCUACACAAGUCUUAACAGAAGAUAUGGUUGCACGAUAUUUAGCUCGUAAACCAAAUUUUGUUAAACGAUGGUUUAAAGAUAAUGCAACAAAUGAUUUAUUAAAUGAUUGUAUUCGAUUAAAAGAACAAAAUGAAUUUUUAGCAAAACCACGUGCAUCGGUUACACAUGAAAUGUUUAAUAAUAUUAUUCAAGGACACAAUUCAAAUCGUACAGUAUCAUCAACAAAUUCUCAAUUAGUUGACUAUAUGCAUUUAAAUGAAAAUGAACUUUUUUUUGAACUUAUACGUGAUAUUGCAAAUGAAUUAAAUGUUGAUAUUGUUUGUCAUAAAAUUUUAACAAAUGUUUCAAUAUUAACUAAUUCUGAUCGUGGAAGUUUAUUUUUAGCGCGUGGUCCAAAAGAUGCUCGAUAUCUUGUUUCAAAAUUAUUUGAUGUUACAGCUGGAUCAACACUUGAACAAUCACUUCAUAAAGAAGAUCAACAAAUUAUUAUACCAUUUGGAAAAGGUAUUGCUGGACAUGUUGCUUCAACCAAAGAAUACAUUAAUAUUCGUGAUGCUUAUGAGGUAAUAAUAAUCUUUCUAUUUUAA